AUGAGUCACUCCAAAUUCGCUUUGGUAAAAGCUUAUGCUUUGGACUGGAUUAUGGUUAUUAUAUUUCUAGGUGGAUUUUUCGGAAUAAGUAGGCUUGAACCUUAUCAUCGAUUAUUUUCAUUAGAGGAUAAAUCAAUUCAAUAUACAUAUGCUGAAAAAGAAAGGGUUCCAAUGUGGUUGGCAGCCGUUACUUUAGUAAUUAAAAGGAGUACACAUGAUUGGCAUCAUUCUUGUCUAGGAUUUGCCUUAUCUAUGACAAUGACUCUUGUUGUUACUGAAAUUAUCAAAAAUACGUCAGGUAGACCUCGGCCGGAUUUCAUUGAUAGAUGUCAGCCAAUAACAGGUGCAGUUGAUUCGCCUGUAUAUGGGUUAAGUAAUUCAUCGAUAUGUACUCGGGGAGAUUCGGCAAUUCUGAGAGAUGGUUUUAAAAGUUUAGUAUCUGGACAUGCAUCUACUGCAUUUGCUGGUAUGGGUUAUUUUAGCUUAUACCUCGCUGGAAAAUUACAUGUAUUUGAUAGAAAAGGCUACACAUACAAAAGCUUUGUUGUGGUUACUCCUUUGGUCAUUGCUAUACUUAUUUGUAUUUCAAGAACUCAAGAUUAUCGUCAUCAUUGGCAAGAUGUGUUUGCAGGAAGUACUCUUGGUUUUAUAUUAGCAAUAUUUUCUUAUUAUCAAUACUACCCCAGCAUUCACUCACCAGUUUGUGAUAAACCAUACUCUGUCAGAUUAAAGAAAAAGGUACCUGGUCGUUCUGCAGAAUUUGAAUUUGCAGAUGGCUCUAAUUUCACAGUAAAAAUUACCAGGGAAGACGGCGGUCUUGUAUAUCAAGAUAAUAGGGCUCUUCUGAGUUAUGAUGCUGAUUCUUUAGACAAUAUUAGCAAAGCCUCUAGUUCUUCUAAUGUUUAA